GGCCGGCUCCAGUUCGCACGCUGGGUUCCCAGCCUGAGGCUAGCAUGGCUGAGCCGGCUAGCGGGUUCGUGACUCCCGCGGGGUGGUUUCCAGCCCCCGAGCGGAUCCCCACGUUGGGGCCUCUGAGCGACACGGUCCCGCUGCAGCACAAAUGGAUGCUCUGGGCCAUGUUGCCGCCGCCACCGCCGCCUCCGUCGCCGCCUCCCGCCGCGGGGUCAGAGCCCGCCACUGAGGCGCAGCCCGCCGCGGAGACCCGGGCGCUCCCCGAGGCGCCCCCGCGCUUCGACGCCCAGGUUCUUCCCGGGACCCAGGCUCUCUUCGACACCCAGUCCCGCCUAGAUUCUCAGCCUCAGAUCAACGGCCAGCCUUCCUGGAGUUUCCAGGCUUCGACAUCUUGGCACUGGAGACCGCCUCCUAGCAGUUUUCCUCCGCAUCAGACAUCCCACAACACUCCGGUUAAACAUUCUUAUUUUCCACAACAAUAUGAUGCAAAGUUUACUGACUUCAACUUCCCUCCCAGUAGAAAACAUAAAAAAAAGAAAAGAAAAGAACCAGUUUUCCACUAUUUUUGUGAUACCUGUGAUCGUGGUUUCAAAAAUCAAGAAAAGUAUGAUAAACACAUGUCUGAACAUAUGAAGUGUCCGGAAGUAGAUUGCUCUUUUAGUGCACAUGAGAAGAUUGUCCAAUUCCACUGGAGAAAUAUGCAUGCUCCUGGUAUGAAGAAGAUCAAGUUAGAUACUCCAGAUGAGAUUGCAAGAUGGAGAGAAGAAAGAAGAAAAAACUACCCAACUCUGGCCAAUAUUGAAAGGAAGAAGAAGUUAAAACUUGAAAAGGAAAAGAUAGGUGCAGUAUUGACAACAACACAGUUUGGUAAGAUGAAGGGAAUGUCCAGACAUUCACAGAUGGCAAAGAUCAGAAGUUCUGACAGACAUCACAAGUGGGAAAAUGACUGUGCCGGACAGAGAGCAGCCAUCAGAUCAGGCAUUUGCUUGGUUGAUUCGAAGCCUGAAGGUCCACCUGAGGCAAAUGCAGACCCUCUGAGUGUUUUGGUAAAUACUGAUUCUGAGUCUGAUAAAGAGGAAAAACCACAAAGUACUGUCAUACCCAAGGAAGUGACACCAGCCCUCUGCUCAUUAAUGAACAACUAUGGCAGUCUCUCAGGGUCAGACAGUGAACCAGAAGAAACUCCCAUUAAGACCGAAGCAGAUGUUCUGGCGGAAGACCAGGUUCUUCAUAGUGAUACUCCUAAGGGACCAAAUCAAGAUGUUAAAGCAACUGUUAAAAAUUUCUCAGAAGCCAACAGCCAAAAGAAAAAUUUCAAAAAGACAAACCCUAAGAGGAAAAAAGAUUGUCACAACUAUCAUGCUUUAUUUGAACCAAGAACACAUCAUCCAUAUCUCCUGGAAAUGCUUUUAGCUCCAGACAUUCGACAUGAAAGAAAUGUGAUUUUGCAGUGUGUUCGGUACAUCAUCAAAAAAGACUUUUUUGGACUUAAUAGUAAUUCUAUGAAAACUGAAGAUGUGUAGGUGUCUGAUGUUUCAGCACUCAUAACUGAAGCAUUUAAAAUAGUGCCAUGCUCAAGUUAGUGGAGGAAAACUUCUUUUUAAACUGGAUUAGUCAUUGAAUUAUAAGCUUCAUAUGAUACUAUGUUGGAUUUUCAAUUCUUUUCUUUGAAUCUGUGCAAAUAAAUACACAAUUGAUUUUUAA